CAGCAUCCAACCGCGAGUCCUCGCGGAUGUCGCUGAGUUUGCCGGAGAGGCGCAAAACGGCCGCGUUGGGUCGCUGCGCCUACUUGUGUGCGUGCGGAUGGAUUCCGUGCAGUUCGGUGGCCCCCCCUUUGUAUCUGCCAGUGUUUCUCCUGGGCGACAACAAAGGGAGGAGAGCCGCUGGAACCGCAGAGGUUUCGGACCCGCGGGGGGGGGGGGGGUAGUUUGUGUGCGCGUAGCGUCCGCGGGGCUGCGCGGCGACUUGAACCCAACAAGGGUUUUUCUUUUCGUUGUGUGUAAUCGGCGCGUAGUUGGUGCUUCUAGUCAUCCUCCCCCGAGGAUGCACCGGGCUGUUUCCUCUCGUGACACCGCGAGUAGCGUCCGCUUUCUGGUCAUUGCGGACCUUUGCAGAGAACCACAAUUGUGACGCAGUUGUGUGGAACAUCUUUGGUUGCCUGCCUGCCUGCUGCAGUGCUGUCGGGCUUUGCGCCACCUUUAAAACCAGCUGCUGCGAGAAAAGCGUCUGCGCAACACGUUGUGCGCAGGCAUGCAUACGAUGUGUUUUUUAUGAGCAGUGAAAUGCAUUUAAUCAGUUGAGGUGCAAAGAGGGGAGCAGAGGGCUCUGAGAGGAAUAGUUGUCUUGUGAACGCCUGGGAGUUGUAGUUCUGCCCCCCUCCCGCGGCAGAUGCGUCAGGGCUCUGUUUACAGGAAGUGGACUACGGUACCCAGAAGCCCCCCUCUGCACAUACUUUGUAAACUCUGUGCAAGUUCAGCGUCUGCACGGCUAUUUUAGAUUUACAGCUGAAUUCCCAUUUGACUACACUGGCCGGCAUCCAUAAGAUCCACCACACCUUGCACAGGCUGAACCUGACGGAAGACGUUGGACAGGAUAGCCAUCCCUCAGCGUGCUGCUCCAGAGCCAUGCCUCCCAGGAAAAAGAGGAGACCCUCUGCAGGAGAGGACAUGUCCGCGAAGAAAAGUCGCCAGGACAGCGUUUUCAGAAAACACGAAACGCCACAAAUCCGCGAGGAGGAGACGUUUUCCAGCAAAAGAUGCCUGGAGUGGUUCUACGAAUACGCAGGCUGCGAUGACGUCGUGGGUCCAGAGGGGAUGGAGAAGUUCUGUGAGGACAUCGGGGUGGAGCCCGAGAACGUGGUGAUGCUGGUUCUGGCCUGGAAGCUGGAUGCACAGAGCAUGGGUUACUUCACGCUGCAGGAGUGGCUGAGGGGGAUGGGCUCGCUGCAGUGCGACUCCACGGAGCGGCUGAGGAACUCACUGGACUACCUGAGGUCCGUGCUCAACGACGGCACCAGUUUUAAGCUCAUCUACAGAUACGCCUUCGAUUUUGCUCGGGAAAAGGAUCAGAGGAGUUUGGACUUGAACACGGCCAAGUGCAUGCUGGGUCUCCUUCUGGGGAAGACGUGGCCUUUGUUUCCGGUGUUUAAUCAGUUUCUAGAGCAAUCAAAGUACAAAGUCAUCAACAAGGACCAAUGGUGCAACGUUUUAGAGUUCAGCAGGACAAUCAACCUGGACCUCAGCAACUACGACGAGGACGGCGCCUGGCCGGUUUUGUUGGACGAGUUUGUCGAGUGGUACAAAGAGAGACAGAUGUCAUAAGGAGAAGACGCAGAAACCACUGUGACAACAAACCAACAAGUACACAAUACCAUGGCAAAGCAGUGAUUGUUGGGGCUUCCUGGUUAUGAUGUUAGGGGGG